UUAAGAUGACACCACGUCUUAUCUCCAUUCAGCAAACAAAUAACCCUCAGAGCUCUCAUGGCUUUCUCUGCAACUUUGUCCCAACUCUCUUCCUUCCACCACUUAUCUCCACUACCACAAACCACAAGAAGGCACCCUUCUCGUCUUCCAUGGAUUGAACCAAUAAAAGCGGCGGCUGCAGAACCAGAGAAAUCAAAGCCCAGCUCCACGCAGACGAAGACUGAAGAUUCUACUACUACUGCCAAGACCCAACCUUCAAGCUCAAGCUCAGUCACUAAGAUUCCCAAGAAACCAGUUUUUUCAAUGAAGAAGGGUGAGAUUGUGAGGGUUGACAAAGACAAAUACCUGAACAGCAUCAAUUACUUAUCAGUAGGACAUCCACCUUAUUACAAAGGUCUGGAUUACAUAUAUGAAGAUCGUGGUGAGGUGUUGGAUGUGCGUAAUUUUGAGACCGGAGAAUAUGCAUUGAUUGCAUGGGUUGGCAUCCCAACUGCACCUGCCUGGCUUCCCACUAAUAUGCUCAUCAAGUCAGAGAAGCUGAAUUAUGAGAGAUUGUAGACACAAGUUUCUGCUUUGAAUGACACAUAUGAUGCCUCCGUGAGAUAUUGGUGUAUCCUUAAUAUGUCCUGACAAUUUUUCUGAUGCUAUAACAUUGUCAACAUUCUCUAUCUGCUCCUGUGAUUUAUCUAAAUCAGCAUAAUGAAAAGUUGAAAGAAAUUUAUUUUCA